ACAUCAAGUCAUUUCUGUUUCACCCUAAGAAGCAGAAUAUUCUAGGAGCUGCCCAAAUGUUGAGUUACCAUAAGAUUUUACAACCAGAGGAGAACUUGGGGAAUACAAAUGCUGAGGCAUCUGUUCAUUUGCUUAGUAUUUUCUGUAAAUGAAUGUUCCUUUGUGAAUGCUGAAAAGGAGAUGAAAUAUUAGAUCACAAUAGAAGGCCUGUUAGUUUCCCCUGCGACGAGUGACAGGUAAAAUGAACCUCCCUUAAUAGAGCACAAUCUGUUGCCAAACCAACCAGAGCUGGUCUAUGAAAGAUAAAGCCCUAUUUCUUCCAGAGGAGAGACUGAUAAUGUGAAAUGCCUUCCUGAACAUCAAACACAUGAAAAACCAAAAGAGAAUGUCACAACGCUGUGUUCCUAUGACCAGGUGCAAGUCCUCCUCUUAAGCAAGGGCUAUCGUAUUUCAUCCUCUGAGAUGGUGGCAUUAAUUCUGCUGUUCUUCCUGUGUGCUGGAGUGUCGGGAAGCCCAGCCCAGACAAGGCUUUCUUCUUUUUCUGGAGAAUAUGGUGGCGAUGGAGGGGACUAUUUUGACCAGUCAAGUAACCAGCUGGAUGGCCCUAUGACUGCCCUCAAAAUAAGAGCAAAUGACAGGUACCUACUAAGCAUUCAAGUUCGCUAUGGUGACUCAUGGUCCAUCACUGAAGGGAGUACUAUGGGGAGUCCAACUGGCAUGGAACUGUAUCACGGAGAGGGAUUUGUCCAAGUCCUGGGCCGUUUUGGAAGCUACGUGGAGUACCUCGCUUUCCGGACCAAUCUUGGCCGCGUCUUUGCCUUUGGGUCUAGCUCUGGUUCAGGGAUAAGCUUCGAAGCCGAGCCUAUGUUCCCAAACACAGUUCUGCGUUUCAUCAGUGGGCGGUCGGGGUCUUCAGUCAACGCUCUUGGGUUCCACUGGGAUGAAGACCAAUGGAUAGAAACAGGGAACCAAUCCUCCCUCUCCACACAGCCAUCCACAAUAAUCUCCACAUAGAUUACAGAAAGCAAUAAAC